AUGGCCGACUCCUGGGAGGAUCAGAGCGAGGAACAGAUCACAUACGAGCCUCAAAAGCCCAAGCUGAACCCCCUGGCAUCCAGCUUCAGCUUCAGCCCUGGCGCGAGCUCCUUCACGCCCGUGGCUCCUGCACCUGCGCCGAAUCCAGCCCCAGCACCGGCAGCCGCACCCGCCCCCGCGCCUGAGCCAGCCGAGUUACUGGCAGCAGACCCACCGUCAGCAGAGGUGGCUCCAGCUCCUGAGACCUCCGAGCCGCCCUCCGAGCCAGAGCCCAAGGCAGCCCCAGCUGAGACCCGGCCGGCACCCGCAGCUCCCUCCAAAGCGCCAGAGGCCAUCGAGACGGUGACAAAGGAGCUCAAGAAAGCCACGAUUGCAGCGGAGGAAAGCGAGGCGCAGAAGGCUGCACGGAGGGCCGAGGUCGACAAAGUGCUGGCCGAUAUCACCGCGAAUGAUGCACGAGAUCACUUGAACGUGGUCUUCAUCGGCCAUGUGGAUGCCGGGAAGUCCACCACAGCCGGCCAGAUCCUGGUGCUGACGGGGGGCGUGGAUGAGCGCACCAUGGAGAAGUAUGAGAGGGAGGCAAAGGACAAGAAGCAUGACUCAUGGUACAUAGCUUACAUCAUGGACACCAAUGAGGAGGAGCGAGCGCGGGGCAAGACCGUGGAGGUGGGGCGCGCCUUCUUCGAGACCCCCAAAAAGCGGUACACGAUCCUGGACGCCCCCGGGCACAAGUCCUACGUGCCCAACAUGAUCAGCGGCGCGGCACAGGCCGACGUGGGCGUGCUGGUCAUAUCGGCGCGCAAGGGGGAGUUCGAGACCGGAUUCGAGCGCGGCGGGCAGACACGGGAGCAUGCGCAGCUGGCCAAGACGCUGGGCGUGCAGCGGCUGGUGGUGGUGGUGAACAAGAUGGACGACCCCACCACUGUGGGCGAGGACGGCGUGUGGAGCCGUGAGCGCUUCGACGAGGUGGAGAAGAAGCUGACGCUGUUCCUGAAGGGGUCAGGGUACAAUCCCAAGAAGGACCUGGCCUUCCUCCCCAUCUCGGGCCUGUUUGGGCACAACAUCAAGGACCGGGUGGACCCCAAGCUCUGCCCCUGGUACAAGGGCCCCUCCCUGUUCGAGGUGCUGGACAACGUGGAGCCGGCGCUGCGCGACGUGUACGCCCCCUUCCGCAUGCCCAUCAUGGACAGCUACAAGGAGAUGGGGACCAUGCUGAUGGGCAAGAGCGAGGCCGGCAUUGUCAGGGUUGGCGACUCGCUCCUGGUCAUGCCCACCAGGACCCAGAUCAAGGUGACGGCCAUUUACCAGGACGACACCGAGGUGACGGCGGCCAGACCAGGGGAGAACCUGAAGCUGCGGGUGACAGGUGUUGAGGAGGACGAGGUGUCCCCCGGCUUUGUUCUCUGCUCCGUGCACAACCCGGUGCCGGAGGUCACCUACUUUGAUGUCCAGAUCCAAGUGGCGGAGCUGCUGGAGCACAAGCCCAUCCUGUCGGGGGGUUACAAGGCCAUCCUACACGUGCACUCGGGCAAGUUCACUGAGGAGUGCGAGACCAAGUUUGUGAAGAGCGGGGACGUGGCCAUCGCCCGGAUCGCGACAGAGCGCUCCAUCUGCGUGGAGAAAUUUGACGUGGUGCCUCAGAUGGGGCGCUUCACCCUGCGAGACGAGGGCAAGACAAUCGCCAUCGGCAAGAUCGUCAAGCUGCCAAAGGCCAGGUCUGGCGAGGCGGGGGAGGCAGGCGAGGGCGCCUGA